UUUACAGAUCAAAGUGCUCCUGGAGGGGAAGGAGGGAGCGAGUCAGCGGAGGGGUAGACGCAUCCUAGGCCGUGGAUUAAGGCAACAGGAGACCAGAGGGGUCAGCCCCCCCCCACAACGCCAGGAGAGAGCCGCCCCCCGGCGCCAUGGGCAAGGACUACGAGGAUUUCCAGGCGCUCGAGGCGGACGAUGGGGACUGCACCCCACGUGGGACAGCGUUCCCGCCCCAGCAGUUUGCCUGGCAGCGGCUCUGCGCCCCCCCCCGGCCUCUCUGCGCCCUGCUGGCCCUGUGCCUUGGGCUCACCGUCGGGACCAUCGCCCUGGCGGUCAGCGGCUCCAGGCUGGGCGCGGAGCAGCGGGGGACGCAGGGGGUGCUGGGCAGCGUGAACCAGAGUCUGAGCACCGAGCUCGUGGGGCUGGCCCGCAGCAUGCACACCUUGGAGGAUAAACUGACCCAUGUGGCCGCGUCCCUGGAUGAAACAAAGGAAAGAUCAAUCCAAGCUCAGCAGCGGCUGGAGGAGCAGGUGGGGGUGCUGCGGGACUCCCUGAACUCGCUGAACUGCGACCUGAUCGAACUGAAAUCCAACGGGAGCCGGCCCGGCUGCUGCCCCAGGGCCUGGGAGCGCUUCGGGCGGGGCUGUUACUGGUUCUCCACCGAGCAGAAGACCUGGGAGGAAUCGAACCUUUACUGCCAGGCGCAGGACUCGCACCUGGUCAUCAUCAACACCCGGGAGGAGCAGCUGUACGUACAGCGACGCACGGUCCCUUUGUACACCUGGAUCGGUUUGACCGACAAGAGCGGCCAGUGGCGGUGGGUCGAUGGUUCCCUCUACACCAUGGACUCCCGGUCCUGGAGGGAAGGCCAGCCCGACGAAUACCACGGCCACGGACUCGGGGGUGGGGAGGACUGCAUCCACCUGCACGACGACGGGCUCUGGAACGAUGAACACUGCUCCCGGCUCUACCGCUGGGUGUGCGAGGAGGAGCUCAAGGCUUAAGGCCAACCAAGGGCGGAGCCAUGCCUGGGAAGCCAUGGGGGGGGAGGGAGAGGGCGGG